AUGAAAUUAUUAUAUGUCUUAAUUAUUUUAACUAUAAAUUAUUUACUAGUAAAAGGGUAUGGGGAAUCAGAUAAAGAUGACUAUCCAAAUCAUUUUGAAAGAGAAUCUCACAAUUUAAUUAAUCUUGUUAGAAUGUUUCCUCAACAAUAUGUUUAUUCAUAUAUGAAGGGAUGGGAAAAUUUAGGAGUAAUGUUUUCUCAGUAUAAAGCCACCUUUCCAGUUUAUUAUGAUAAUUCGGUUAACCGUAUAGCAAGAUACCAUUCUUAUGAUAUGGGUGCUAAUAACUAUUUUGGUCAUGGUGAUAGAAAUAGUCAAUCAGCUAGUGAUCGUAUCCAAAGAGCAGUUCCAUGUUCAACAUAUAACUCUGAAAACAUUGCAGCUGGUAAAUCUACUGGGAUCGAUACAAAUAACCAAUUAAUUUGUGAUGAUCCCCAAUUCGGAAAUUAUUGUACUCCAGAUGGUAGUGGUCAUGAUGGCCAUAGAAAAAACAUUAUGAAUCCAGAUUUAAAACUUAUGGGUGUAGGUUAUUGGUAUGCCUCCAACUCAGCCUAUAAAUAUUAUUGGACUCAAGAUUUUACUGGAUGCACAUCUAAUUUACCAACAAAUCCAAUUUACUCUGGCUAUCAUACUUUUUAUAAUUCAAAUAACCCAUUAUUUGUUUUAAGUUAUUAUAGCAAUUCUUUAUCAACACCUGCUAUGUAUAUUGUAUUUGUUAGUGGUUCAGUUGAAAAUGUUGUUCCAAUGAGAAGAACCUAUGGUAAUGAUAAAUUUGCAGUUUACACCUAUUCUCCCUCAACACACACUCCAUGCGGUAAAUACUUUUUUGCUACAACCACUGAAAACCACAAAACCUAUAGAUACCCAGAAACUGGUUAUUUACAAAUAGCAAAAGAUUUAGAUUCUUGUAAAUCAUGGAGCUAUUAA